AUGUCUCAAGUAAAAGAAUGUCUACAAAGAUCUUAUGAUUGUUCGAAAGUGCCAAACACCAUUCCUAAAGCCUGUUUACAGAAAGUUGAAAAAAAAAAUUGUGAAUUUCAAAGGGUUAAGACUUGUCAAACUUUAAAGAAUCGAUUCAAGUACGUGCAGCCAUGUCGGCGGCCGUUGUGCAAACCGACCUCGCAAUCGACUGUGUCUAAAACGCCGUUCGCUGACGACACCGUAUACACUCAUUCGUACUACGAACACGACGUAUGUGAAAAUCGUCAAAAACCCAUCAUGCAGAAGGACCACUUGGUCAUGGCUGGAAAAUUCCAAGACAAAACGUCUCAAAGAAUGAGUUAUCCGGUACAAUGCAUAUCAACAGUACAGAAAAUCGUGCCCAAAGACAGUUGUCUGGGGUUGGAGGGACCGAUGCGGUUGACGACCACCCAGCAACACGACUAUUACGUGCCGUGCGCCGACAACGGCUUUGGACGUGCCAAGAAAUUCGUGCAUCCCGACAGCCUGGUGGUCGAUUCUGACUGUCCGAUGGCGAAGCUCACCACCAGCUAUUGUUCGUAUCAGCCUGUGUGUGUGAAGCGGGAGAACGAUUUCAAACCCCACAAAUGUUAUAGACCUCCCGUGGAAAAAAUGGACCUAAACACAACCCACAGGUCGAGCUACAAGUUAAUAGGACAACAGAAAAAAAUACGAACUCCGUGGGCUGAAAAAUUAGACUACUGCAAACCAAAAGACGCUAUGGAAUACUGUACGGUCUAUAAAUACAGUUUCAAGGAACCUGGUGAGUACAAGUACACGGAUAAUUGUGGUGACACAGUUGGCCAUCUCAUGGCGGACAGUAAUUUAGCCGAAAACUGUUGUCCGUUCACAUGUCUGGCUGACAAUAUAGAUAGUGAACUUAAAUCAACAUAUACGAAAGCACAUCAGUUCGAUGAUUAGACUUUGAAACCACUACAGUCUACAGCCAUAGUUUACUAAUACUAGUAAUAUUAGAGUAUAUUUAUACAGAAAUAAACACAAGAUUUUAAAUUAUUCAAAAUCGCAUCACAUUUGGUUUUCCUGUGUAGUAGACAGUAGCGGAGAUCUGUAGUUGAAUUCAAUAACACUUGUUCACGGAAAACAUUAAAAAAAAAAUACAGAUUCCAAAUAUUACUAACCGCCAUUA